AACAAUAAUGACGUACGCGUGUUGACAUCUGCGCUUAGCACAAGACGAAGACUUUCUGUGGUGAAAGGGUAGUGUUUGGGAUCGGCUCAUUAGUUUGAACCUAGAAUCUAGUUUCGUCAUUGCAAAGUGUAUCGAAAACCUGAAUUAUUAAAUUACUCGAAGGAUAUGGUGGAACAGUACGUUGGUUAUACAGUCUCUGUUACGUGUCGAAAUGAUUUGGGCUCGUAUCAGGGACAGAUUUCUAGUGUAGAUCGAGAGGAACAGACCAUAACAUUAAAAAAGGCAUUUAAAAAUGGAAUACCUUACCAUCUUCCAGAAGUUAAACUUAGAGGUUCAGAUAUAAAUAAUCUUUCCAUAAUUGAAGCAGCUUCAGAUGCGUUGGUAACUGGACCAUCUUCCAGUACAGUAGCCGUAAAAAAGCCAGUUCCUAAGCGUGCUGGCCGUUCUGUUAGUGAAAGUUUGGCUUCCAUUAAAGGGACUCAAAUGAGAGAUUCUCCACGUAAAUCUGCAGAAGACUGUGGCGUACAUACACCCAAUGCAUGUGAUGUAAACCGCACACCAAGCAAGAAGGACAGAUUUCGCCAGAGGUGGUCGGAGAAAGACGAAGCAUGUUUUGGGACACCGAUAGACAAUAUCAUAGAUCAAGAUUUUGAUUUUGAGAAGAAUUUGGCCCUGUUUAAUAAACAGGCUGUCUAUGAUGAGAUAAAUGCGCAAAGACCAGACAUUGUUCGUCAUGCUGACACAAGCAGGCGCUCACAAAAAUAUCGCCAUGAUCAGAAUGUGAUAGAAAGUACUCCUGCCAUGUAUAGGCAAGUGGUAGUGCCUACACCUGGUUUGAAGGAAUAUGUCACUGAUGAUGGCUUAGUAAUUCCAAGCGUAACGCCAGAUACACGCCACCAGUUGCUCUUAGUUGCUGAGCGACUGGGUUUAACUGAAGAACGCCAAGCUGAGCUUAUGGGAAGAGCUGCUACAGAAAUGGCUUUGCAGUUGCUUGGUGGUGGACAUAGGCUGAAUCCACACAAUGUCCAUCAGUGGCCUACUGUUGUUUCCCUUUGUGGCUCACAUCGCCAGGGGGCCAUCGCAGUUAACUGCGCUCGUCAGUUAGCUAGCCACGGAGUCAAGACGGUUGUAUUUCUGUUGGAUCCAACACAUUUAACAACACAGCUUACCCAUGAACUGGCACUGUUUAGGCACACCAACAAUAAACUCAUUACUACUGUACAAGAGUUGCCAACAGUUGCAGUCGACUUGAUUGUGCUGGCAUUAGCAGGUGAACAGGGAAAUCAGUUACACCAGGCUCGAUACAGGGCAGCAGCAGAGUGGGCUAACGAGAACCGUGCUCCUGUGCUGGCAUUGGAUCCGCCUCCAGCUGGUACACCAGGAGUUGAUACCAAAUUUUCUCUUGUCCCUCUCCUACCCCUUGCUCACAGUCUUGAAAAUGGCAAGAUAUACCUUUGUAACUUGGCAUUUCCACUGCAGGUGUUCAGAGAGGUUGGAAUUGAGUACAGCUCUCCGUUUGGGCCCAAAUUUGUUAUUCCUCUUCAUCCCAACGACACAUAGUCCAGAUGUUCGAAACUGUACCUACAAAAUUUGACGCUUUGUUUCACUUAAAUGAUGAGGCAUAAAAAUCUGAUUCAAGUACAACUCAUAUCAGCAUUUCAAUUCAUUUAUGUUAUGACAUGUUCAGUGUAUUUGACCUUGAACGUUUUGAAUAUUGGUUUCAGUUCUUACUGUUGAAGGCUUGCCACUUUGAGAGUAAUUGUCCAAAAUUGAUCCUGUCUUAUCAGUUUUCUUGUUGAGGUUAGAAAAUUGUGUGUAUCUGUGGUCUAAUGCUGAUUCCCUUUCUGAUGAUCGAAUGUACUCUUCAUUGAUGAAUAUCCGCUGCUUGGUACUGAAUAAAAUCAAAUGAAAACUGAUAAUAAACAAAUGGCUCAAGUACUACAGUGUGUUAGCAAAGUUUCUUUGAAUUUUAAUCACUCGCAGAGAUAAUUAAGUUUAGAUUUGGUGGUUACAUUUUUAACCACCUUGUGUAAUACUGGUCUGUUCUCCCAUAUAAUAGCACUUUCAAAGCAAAGGGAAAGCAGUGAUGUAAUUGAAAGUCAGAGGAGGUGGAGAAUGAGGUGGCAUAUUUUGGGCAUUAAGAUGAAAUGUUUUGUAAGAAUUUUAAGUAUUUUACUGUUGUACUUCAUUGAUAGAGCAACAAGUUAUGGUCAUGUUGCAAGUAUCAAAGUGUUUAUAUCAUAAAUAUCUGGAAAGUAAGAUUUUUCUUA